AGUGGUGACAGUUAUAAGUAUUGGCUGUGGCCGCAUGAAGCUGACGACAGUGCUGAGUAACUUGGAAAAUAUAGUGGUGAAGUUAAGUUACAGUAAAUAUAAGUUCUGAAGUGAAAAGUACUAUGAAUUCGACUCGGAAAUCAAGAACCAGUGAUCAACCGAACGACGAUUAUUAUAAUUUAAAAAAACAAACAAAUUUGCCGCCUGCGCCGAACAAUAAACAAACAGUAGCGCCAGUACCACCGACACCGCCAAUGGAGCCGAUGCGUUUACGUAGUGACUCCACAGCUACAAGUGUUUAUGUAAUCGGUGGCAACAAUGUACAUGCUAGUAAUCCACCAACUAUGGAACGCAAACAGCUGAAUCGACAGUCAUGGAUAAAUAUGCGUCAGAAAGUUGAAGAUGCCCUGCCUGUAACAUCCUCACCACAAACGACUCGCAGUUAUGUGUCUACAGUAGAUACUGGUUUUAAUGGUGGAGGAAGCGGUAGUGGCAGUGGCGGUGGAGGAGGUGGCAUAAAUAGUCGUGGUGGUACAGUUAGCGGACGUACUACAGCAGCUUCGGGGCGCAUUAGUGGUGCCACAACCAUAAGCGGCAGUAAUAAUACACUUAAUGAUAUAAUUUCCGACUAUCACAGCCAUGAAGCUGGCAGCAGUGAUUAUCAAUUUGCUGAAACUACAACCUCACCAACGAAAAAUUUAUCCGGCAGUGGCAGUUUUAAUUUGGCAAACGGAAGCACAGUAAAACUGCUAUCAACAAAUGACGAUGAAUCAAAUCAGCAGACGAAAUGUUCCGUAUUUCGAGGGCUUGUGCUGUGCAUUUGCCUAAAUAUUACUUACGCCAACAUAGUACGCUUCCCUAGGGAAUUGGAUAGAUACAGUUCAGCGUAUCUGAUACCAUAUGUUUUGUUAUUGUUUCUAGUCGGUCUUCCUAUUAUACUAUUGGAAGUAUCAGUUGGACAGUUUUUGGGACAAGGUGCGGCGCACACAUGGAGAGCAUCUCCUAUAUUUAAGGGCGCAUGCAUAAUAAGCCGCUUUGCAUCGUGGCUAUCAACAGUAUGGGUUUCAUUACAGGCAGUACUGGCAGUGGCCUACAUUGGCAUGUUUUUCGUCAGUUCGAUGCCAUUUAAGCAGUGCGGUGGCAAUGUUAAACUUGAAAUGGAUGGCUAUACUGUAGUUGGAAACAGUGGUCAGGAAUGUUUGCAAAAAACGUUUCUAACACCAUUUUGGGAGAAUCCGCUCUAUUUUGGCUUGUUAACCAUUGGUUUAAUAUUUAUUUGGUUUAUUGUGAUGCUGUGCACACAUAAUAGUAAAGUAUUGCGGCGCAGUCUUUUCUUCUUCGGCGUCAUUGGAUUUUUUAUGCUGUGCUGCUUGGCUGGUUGGGAAGUAAAUAAUUCAUUAAAUCGCUCUUACUUUCCGCAGUUGUGGCCCUUCGAUUCUACCUUACUGCUUGAGAGUAAUAUUUGGUUUAAUGCUUUGAUGCAAGUAUUAUUCUCCAUUAACUGUGGAUUCGGCGCUCUCCCAAUGCUUACUGGCAAGUUCUUGUACAAGGGCGAUGCGGUGCGCACAUCUAUAGUCUAUCUCUGUUUUAAUUUACUGGUCAAUGCUAUUGCCGUUACAUUAUUUAUGGUACAAUUUGAUCUAUCCGCAAACAGUGGCUCCAUUAUUGAUGAACUAAAGCCUUUAACAUCUAUCUAUGAUCGUGUACUCUACGAUAGACCAACCACUGAUAUCUUGGUAAAAUUAAUACCUUCACUCAUAUUUGGUUUAGUGCUGAUCGCUGCUUUGGUCUCGAUUACUGUGGCCAUUUAUACAUCGACACGUUUAGUGCCGCGUCAUCCUAACUAUGUUAUAUGUUUGGUUGCACUUGUUGUGUGCAUCAUAUCAUUAGCAGCACCGAGAUUUAUGAUUGCCAGAAUUCUUGAUACACGCAUAGUAGGCACAAUGGUUAUAACAGCUCUAAUAUUCGAACUAAUAGCAACCACUUGGAUUUAUGGCGCAAAGAAUAUAUAUACUGAUUUGGAAUUCUCUAUUGGUCGACCAAUUUUUAAGGGCUGGAUGGUGUUAUGGUGUAUUAGUCCUGCCAUAUUAACUGGUUUACUAGUUUGGUGGUGUUCAGAUGAUGAUCAAUAUGAUUUGCUAGCUGAAUAUAUGCCACGUUGGGCACCAAUACUGUUUGUAUUGGCUAUAAUAUUUUUCAUUGCGGGCAUACAGAUUUUCCGUCAAGUAGAGUAUAAUUUCUUUGGAAUGAUAUGUGAAGCUUCAAAAUCAGCUAAAGAAUGGGGACCUGCUGAUCCAUUAGCGAGACAUGCUUGGAAGCAGUGGCGUUCAGUUUGUCAAGAUACCGGACAACGUGAUUUUACAUUAAGACGUCGUGGCACACGUGAUUAUACACAUUCCAUCAAAAAAGGUCAGUACUCCUCGUCUAGUAAAUAUGUACCAGGCCAAAUAACACAGCCGAAUUGGAAAUCAUCUACACCAGGCAAUAGUUCACCGAACUACAGUGGCUCCAUGUUUGGAGAUUCGGCAAUUGAGGAAGAUAUUAGUGUUGAGAAAUUUCCGGGUAUUUCACAGCAAUUUGUGCCAUUUCAAGCCAAUGAUGGCAAGCCUUUGAGACUAUCACAUCGUCAACGUAUGCAGCAGUCACGUUCACAUAUGGGACAGCAACAACAUCGCUCACAGCCAGAAGAACUACAACAUGGUUCUGUAGAAAAUGUAGGAGAGAAACAUAGGGAAAUUGUUUAUAUUAGACGUAUGUCCGGAGAAGGACAACAUGCAACACGUAUUGAAAUAACACCAUCAAAUGAGAACAUAACAUACGCUAAUGGUGGCGUACGCAACCCACUUGGUCGAUCUAAUGGUUCAAUCGGUAACGGUCUGAGUCGUUCAUCUUCCAAUUCUAAUUGCAUGGAACAUAAUCGAAAUUCAGCUGUAAGCGUUGUCGGCCACAAAUUGCCACCGCAAACAGAAGUCAGCAGUGGAGAUCACAUUUGCUGGCGAAAAUUCUCUGUCAAUCCAGCAGAAUAUUCAACCGAAUUGUGAUUUAUUACAAUAUUUUUUUUUUUUUUGAAUGCGCCCAAAAUAUUAGUACGUAGAAAUACAAACAUACACAGGAAAAGACUUUUUGUACCCAAGAGAAAUUAAUUAAUAAAA